AGCGCUUAAGCGAAAGCUCUCUCAUGCCUCAGACGUCUCGGUUAUCAAGUCCGUAGUUUGUACUAAUCGCGAGAAAGGCCUGGCAUUCGAAGAGCAAGUCGUGACUCUCAUGCGGUCGCUUAACUGCGAGCUGCAGGCGACGCAGCAGUCCCGCGACGGAGGAAUCGAUCACCAGGGUUCGUGGACGCUACCUGAUAUGGAGGUGGACGUUGUAACACAGUGCAAGAACGAGAGCAAACCGGUUGGUGUCCAAUACGUGCGAGAGUUCCAUGGGGUGCUGAGUUUCUUCCCUCCUACCACCGUGGGGCUCUUCGCGUCGGCGUCGGGGUACAGUCUCUACGCCCAGAGGUUCUUCCUGCGGAUGACACCCCCUGCCAUCUUGUGCUCCAUUGAUACCGACUCGGGUCGUCUUACGUCUUUCCUGCUUAACGACCGUGCCCAGACGCUGCUGCCCAAACUUACCGUUGGCUCGCUGUUUAUGAACCAAGAGCAUGUACUUGUGCUCACCUACGGCGACAGAAUCCUCGGCUGAACUCGCAUUGCUACUCUAGAGGAUAAUUCCCGUCACGUCGAUAGAAUCCAGCAACCAACACUCGAGAACGUGAUCAUAAAUGAACAAUACAUGUGCUCUAUGACCCGA